GUACUUUAAUGGAUGGCUCCGCCUUGACCCUAAAGUUGCGGCUUUGGAUGGUGACUUUUUCUGGUUUUAGCAGUGGUCUUAGCCAUAGCAGCCAUAAUGCAAUUUCUUUCUGGUUAUUUAUGAGUGUACAGGGUCGUGUUCAUACUUCACUGCUUUAACCAGAUUGAUUUAAAUCUGUUCAGUUAGUUUUCAGUGUCUUUAAGUUUGAGAAUAGGGUACACAAUACAAGUUUAAGAUAGAUUUGCUUUGUUGUUUUGGGAGAAAUGGGAGAAAAGGCUGGAGAGAACUGGAAAGAAUUGGUAAAAAAGAUGCUACCACCUGGAGCUACUCUGCCUGAGGGAGCAGAGAAUCCCGAUUACUCAAUUGCUAUGGAGUAUGAAGGUCCACCUGUCUCCUAUGAGGUUCCUAGAGUUGAGCCAUUGGAGGUAACUUAUCCCACAAAUCCUAUGGCUUCAACGGCCGAAUCUUUCUCUGAUUCACAGGGAGUAGCUAUCUAUACAGUUCCCCCUGUAAUUGAACCAAUCCUUCUGCCUGUCUCUCGUAUUGCUGGUGUUACAAGCUCUUCUGUUCAAAGCCCUAGGGUAUCUGGUAGCACGGAGUCUGUAGUAUCUGUGUUGCAGAAUCCUGAGUUCUCGUCGGCUUCCCCUUCGGCUUCUCCUGCUUCUGUUCAUAGCCCUCGAAGUAAUCCCCUGAAGCAAAUGGUAAAUGAGAUAAAGAGAGUUCCAAUGGUCACUUUCAAUACUGUUGAUAAAUCUGAAAGGGAAGAGCUUGAUGUGGAAAAACCAGUCUUUCCUGAAUAUGUUGGGGUUUCUAAGAAGAAGGAGAAGAAGAAGAGGGUUUGUUUUAGGUGUGGAAAAGGGAAGUGGGAAAGUAAGGAGACUUGCUUGGUUUGUGAUGCUAGGUAUUGCAGUAAUUGUGUUCUUAGAGCCAUGGGAUCGAUGCCGGAAGGGCGUAAAUGUGUCACUUGUAUAGGUCAGCCGAUCGAUGAAUCUAAGCGGCUGAAACUGGGAAAGUGUUCGAGGGUUUUGUCACGAUUGCUCAGUCCUCUGGAAGUCAAGCAAAUUAUUAAAGCAGAGAAAGAAUGCCCUGCAAAUCAGCUUAGACCAGAACAGCUUAUGGUGAAUGGAGUACCGAUGAGACCAGAAGAAAUGGCAGAACUGCUCUCAUGCCCAUUGCCUCCACGUAAGUUGAAGCCUGGAAGAUAUUGGUAUGACAAGGAAUCAGGUUUGUGGGGAAAGGAAGGAGAAAAGCCAGAUAGAAUCAUUAGUUCGAACUUAAAUUUUUCUGGGAAGCUUAAACCCAAUGCGAGCAAUGGGAACACUGAAGUUUUCAUUAAUGGAAGGGAAAUUACAAAAAUUGAAUUGCGAAUCUUGAAGUUGGCAAAGGUGCAGUGUCCUCGUGAUACACAUUUCUGGGUCUAUGAUGAUGGUCGUUAUGAGGAGGAAGGUCAGAAUAAUAUCAGGGGGAACAUUUGGGAAAAGGCAUCGACACGGCUUGUCUGUUCCUUGUUCUCACUGCCUGUGCCCCAUGGUCAACCACAUGUAUCAAGGGAUGAAGUUAGCAACUAUACCACAGUCCCAGAGUAUCUGGAGCAGAAAAAAAUUCAGAAGCUUCUCUUACUUGGACUUCAAGGCUCUGGAACAAGCACCAUUUUCAAGCAGGCCAAGUUUUUGUAUGGGAACAAGUUUACUCCUGAAGAACUGCAGGAUAUCAAGCUAAUGAUUCAGAGCAACUUGUACAAAUAUCUCAGCAUUUUGCUCGAAGGAAGGGAGCGUUUUGAGGAGGAGUCUUGUUCUAGAAAUAAAGAAUUAGGUUCACAUGAUCAACAACCUUCGGGAGGUGAAGGAGAAGAUCAAUCCAAUGAAACAAAUCUGUGUGUCUAUUCCAUCAAUCCAAGAUUAAAGCAUUUUUCAGAUUGGCUUCUGGACAUCAUAGCCAUGGGAGACUUGGAUGCGUUUUUCCCUGCGGCGACACGUGAAUAUGCUCCAUUGGUUGAAGAAGUCUGGAAGGAUCCUGCAAUACAAGAGACAUAUAAAAGAAAGAAUGAGCUUCACUUUCUCCCAGAUGUUGCUGAAUACUUCUUAAGCCAGGCUGUUGAAGUGUCGAGCAAUGAAUAUGAACCUUCUGAGAAAGAUAUAUUGUAUGCAGAAGGAGUCACCCAAGGCAAUGGUUUGGCUUUCAUUGAAUUUUCCCUUGAUGAUCGCAGUCCAAUGUCUGAAAUCUAUGUAGACAAUCAGGAAGCUCAACCCCCGCCUCUUACCAAAUACCAACUAAUCAGGGUAAAUGCCAAGGGGAUGACUGAGGGAUGCAAGUGGGUGGAAAUGUUUGAGGAUGUGCGUGCAGUGAUCUUCUGUGUGGCUCUAAGUGACUAUGAUCAGAUGUGGUAUGCCCCUGAGAACAAUGGUAGUGGAACCCUUCUCCAGAACAAGAUGAUUCAAAGCAAGGAGCUCUUUGAGACCAUGGUCAGGCAUCCAUGCUUCAGGGACACCCCUUUUGUGUUGAUACUUAACAAGUAUGAUCUCUUUGAGGAGAGUAUCAAUCAGGUGCCAUUGAGUGCAUGCGAUUGGUUCAAUGACUUCAGCCCUGUGCGACCUCACAACAACAACCAAACACUGGCACACCAGGCUUAUUACUAUGUAGCAGUGAAGUUCAAGGACCUAUAUAUGUCACUCACAAAUCGGAAGCUUUUUGUAUGGCAGGCAAAAGCUAGGGAACGUAUAACUAUUGACGACGCAUUCAAGUAUGUAAGGGAGGUGCUGAAGUGGGACGAGGAGAAGGAUGACAAUUAUGGUGCACCUGAGGACUCUUUCUACAGUACGGAUAUGAGCUCAUCACCAUUUAUGAGGCAGGAAUGA